CGCCACGCUCUCAAUGGUGAGCGAGCCAUGAGUGAUGCAAUGUAGCAGCCUGUCGCGGCGAACGUGUCGCCGAUCCUUUAGACAUUUCUCGAAUCCUUCGAUGGGCUGCCAGCAGUCGACGCCCGUGCGCGACCCGCAGCCGGCGCCGCCCGCCGCAGCCGUUGAUCUCACCAACAAAUCGCUCUCGACGAUCGGAGACGCGCUUCAAGAAGACACGGCCGAGAAGUGGGCGGCCACGGUCCAGCGCGUCAAAAGCCAAGUGAUUCCCGAAGACGCGGCGAUGCCCAAGACGCCGGUUGGCCCCGCGACGCCAGUCCUCAGUGGCCCGGUCGUCGUUGCAGACUAUUUGCCGGUCGCUACACCCACGUCGGUUCUCGACGUCGCCAUCGCUGAGAACGACGCGGCACUAACUACGAUCGCGGACGCCUUGGCCGAUGACGUCGCCGACAAGUGGGAAGCUCUCGUGCACGAAGUCGAGAUCUCGCGCAGCGCACCCGUCUCGGUCGACGCCAGCUGUGACGACGAAUCGCCAUCUCAAAACGAAACGAGCAACUUGGCAAUUGUCGCUGACGAAAGCGCCGUUGUGUCUGCGGUCACAGAAGAAGCCACGGACGCCGACGAAGACGUGCCCGUGGAGGCACCGCUCGUCGAAGCCGAGAUCGAGGCACCAGUCGUCGACAUUGUCGUGAUCGACGAGGUCGAGAUGGAAGUCAUCAUGAUUGCGCCGCUGCACGACGGUGACGCCAUGGACACGGUUAUCGAAGAAGUAUCCGAGAUCGACGCUGUCGAGGAAGCGACGGACAACGAGACGACAGAUGUCGUCGAAGCUUCGGCCGUGACCGACGAAGUGGAAGCGGCUGUCGCCGACGACUUGAAGGUCGAGAUGGCGGAGGCUGUCAUCGAGACAGCCGCCGAGUCGACCGCUCUCGUCCCAGAGGUUGAGGAAAAGGAGGCUUCUGAAGCCGACGAAUCCUCGGACGUGGUGCCACCCAUGUCCCGCAGCACCAUUGGUCAGGAGUAUGUGCUCGACGACCUCAUUGGGAGCACAGUGCCCGUGCACACGCGCCACGUGGCCGCUGGCAUCAUCAACGAGAUCAUCGAAAGCGCGGUCGAGCGCGUCCAAGCCAAGGAAACCGUGGAAGUCGACAUUGACGCCGAAAUGGACGCCGAACAGCAGCUCCUUCAAGUCCAGCACGACCUUGCCGAGAUCGUCGCCGAGCUCGAGCAGAUCAAGGAAGCCAGCGAGAAGAUGGAGAGUGCGAACGAGUCCGAGUACAUUGGUGAUGAAAUCGCGCCGCAAGACGAGCCGGUCCCGCAGCCAUCGGACGCCACGACGACCGAUAUGGACAACACGGUGGUUCCCAAGGCACCAUUGAGCAAGGCACCGACGAGCAAGACGCCGUCCAGCAAGGCGCCGUCCAGCAACACCAAGCACUACAAGUCGCUCGGAUCGAGCGUCGAGGGCGGCAUCGUCAUGUACAAUGUCCAAGUCCCAAGCGGUCGUGUCAUCCACAAGCGCUACAAUGACUUCAAGGUCCUUUACAGCGACAUGGCCCACGUUAUGCUUGUCAACGACGUCCAUGGUGGUGGCGGUCUUCCGCCCAUGCCACGCGCUGGUAUGAUGUCGCGCUUCACGCGCCAGAACAAGGCGAUGGUCCAGGAGCGCGAGCAAUCGUUCGAGUCGAUUCUCAACGCGAUCGCGGAGCACCCGAUUGCAAGCCACAGCCCCGAGUUCCAGCACUUUCUGCGUUAAACGACGCGUGUACUUUUACAUAUAAUGACAACUAUAAUCCCAUGCAACUAAAAAUGGCGAAAGG